GACAAAUGAAAGAGACAGCCAGAUGGAUUCAUAAUUGUACAAUUACCCGGAAACUAAACCAGUUUUAUCGGUGGUUAGCUAUAUUACGCAUUGACAGGCACCAUAGAAGGUAGUUAGCGAACCAGCCUUGCAGAGGCAAUGGACCGGACUAGGCUGCUGUUCGUGUUGUUUGGGGGUUUGUCUGAGUUGUGUUGUCAUGUGUUGGCUAACAGAGGGGGAUCUCCUUCGUUUACUGAUGAAAUCCCAUUCAAAAUCAACUGGCCCGGGGACGAAUUCACCUUGCCAACCUCCGGUGCCCUCUACAAAGAUGAUGACUUUGUCAUCAUGACAACAACAGAGAAGGAGAAAUACAAAUGUCUCCUGCCUUCCUUGUCAAAUGGAGACGACGAUGAUGUCAAGGGGUACGCUGGUCCCACACCAGGUGAUCUACUGGACCCACUGUUUAAACAGAGCAGCUGCUCCUACAGAAUCGAGUCAUACUGGACGUAUGAGGUGUGUCAUGGGAAGCAUGUGAGACAAUACCAUGAAGAGAAGGAGACGGGACAGCAGAUCAAACUUCAGGAGUACGUCUUGGGAAGCAUGACCAAGAAGACUGAGUCUUCAACCACUUCAGGAACAGAGACUGCAGAGAAAGCUGAGGAGACGAAACCUAAGUCAGAACCGGAGAAAGAGGUUCCCACUAAGAACGUGGAGGGCCAGCUCGCUCCAUACUACCCGGUGUUGAUGGGCCACGGGACGGCCUGCAUCCUGAAACAGAACACGCCUCGCUCCACCAACGUGCUGUAUGUCUGCCACCCCGAAGCAAAGCAUGAGAUCCUCUCUAUUGCUGAGGUCACUACCUGCGAGUACGAAGUAGUGGUGCUGACCCAUCUGAUCUGUGCACACCCCAAAUACAGGUUCAAGUCGUCCCCAGUGAAUGCCAUCUUCUGCCAGGCCCUGUCUGGUUCUCCCCUGCAGCCUCACAGUCUCUCUCAGAUGAACCGAGAGCAGGAACAGCUACUGAAACCUCCCUUCACUGCUCCUACUGCCCCAGAGAUGGAGAGAGAGGAAGAGAGUAUGUCCCCGGUGAGAGAGGAGGCCUUCUCCUCUACCCAUAAGCCCCUGGUGGUGGGCGGGCAGACUCAUAUUACAGUAGGAACCACCCACAUCUCCCGCCUGACGGACGAGCAGCUGAUCAAAGAGUUCCUGAGUGGCUCCUACUGUCUCCAUGGGGGAGUGGGAUGGUGGAAGUAUGAGUUCUGCUAUGGGAAGCAUGUGCAUCAGUACCAUGAGGAUAAGGAGCAAGGGAAGAACAUGGUGGUAGUAGGUAGUUGGAACACUGAGGAACACCUGGAGUGGGCCCAGAAGAACGUGGCCCGGUCCUACCAGCUCAAAAAUGAUGAGGUGCAGAAAGUCAAACUGGUGUCUCACUUCUACGGCCACGGGGAUGUGUGUGACAUGACGGGGAAACCCAGACAGGUCAUCGUCAAGCUCAAGUGUAAGGAGUCUGAGUCUCCCCAUGCCGUCACUGUGUACAUGCUGGAGCCUCAGACCUGUCAGUACGUCCUUGGGGUUGAGUCUCCAGUCAUAUGCCAGAUCCUGGACACAGCUGAUGAGAAAGGCCUUCUAUCUGUCUCCAGCUAACAGAACAGGAGGCCAGAGAGACGAAGAAGAGGAGGGAUGAGCAGAGGGGAAUAAGAAGCGCAACAGAAAAGGACAUGGAUUUAGGUGGCAUAAAACGGACAACUGAAGAAUGGAUGCACCAAGGCCCAUGGCACUGCUCAGGAGGUUCAGACAGACAUGGAGAAAGUGUUGAUCCUGGAAUGGCCCCUGGAAGCCAGGACCACAGUCCCUCGCUAAUACCCUGGCUUUGACCUCCUCUAUGGACUGUACCAGACCCAUUCUGCUUAAAAAGCCUUCUGAUAAAAGCAUGGAAAUCCUAUUCUAAAUGGGACAGAGACUCACAGAAUGUAACCCUGCUCACUCCACAAGGCAGUGGAUCUAUGGCCUGGACUUCAUAUCUUCCUUGUAUGCUUUAUCUUCGGCACAUUAGUUCUAAUGUCUUUUCUGGCCAUAUGCCAGGACAGAGAACCACCAAUCAUUCAGAUGACCUCAUCAGGAGAACCAGUUUCCAUGUUGGAGUUGGUUUUAUUGUUAACAUUCUAAAUUAUCGUAAUUUAUUUCAGAUUGAUUUGAUGCUUGUCCGUGACACUUUGGUUUUGUAGAUAUCUUUGAGCAAGGUCAGUUUGAAAUUUAAAAUGUGCAGACAAACUAACUGUGGGUAUAGUAAGAUUGGGGUUCUGGUGUCAUGGUUGGGAUCAAUUCCAUUUCAAUUCAGUCGAUUCAGGAAGUAAACUGAAAUUCCAAAUUCUACAGUAUUUCCUCAUUUAAAAGCAAUAAUUUAAAUUGGGAUUUGAAUUUGCCAGUUUACUUCCUGAAUUGACCCCGACCAUGGUUGUUAUGUUACAGGGUGAGUGAGAGUAACUUAACUUGAUGUGCUGUGAAUUCAAAUCCCCCGAUGUAAUUGACAAGUUCUGAUGAACAUUUGUUAUGUACUGAAUCAGAUGUUUCCUGUGAAUUUCUAAAUCUGGUGUGUUCUAUGGUUAAAAAAAUGAUUGCCUGGGGAGCUAGCCACAAUAUAAUAAAGCUCUUGUUUAACUAGCA